AUGGACGCGGACAGCAACGGAAUGCAAAGUUCCAGCUUAUCAUUGGACACUGAUCAACAGCCCGGCAACAAAAAACGUAACAGGGCCCCAAAUUACACCGACAAGGAAAUACGAACACUGAUCCGGCUAAUCUUUACCCAUCUGGAUGUGGUAGAAAACAAGAAAACCGACUCGGAAACUUGGAGGAUAAAAUGCUUGGUCUGGAACAGUAUUAUGGAAGAUUUCAACCGAUCAGAUUUAGGUUCAGUCAAAAGAACAGCCGAAAUGCUCAGGCAAAAAUAUGACAGCAUAAAAAAGUGGGCUAGGAAAAAGGAAGCUAAAAACAGGGAAGAAGAAAGCAAACCCAAGCCAGACUAUGUUCAUAUGGAAGACUACGAAAAAGAACUUCUUCAUGUUCUUGAAACGCAUGGAGGUAAUUCGGGACAACCCUGUGAGAGUACAACUACUGUUCAUCCACCUCUUAAUAGUGUCAAAUUUGAAAACGGAUGUAGCUCUCUAUCAGCAAAUGACGAUAGCAAUAAUGAUUUUCAAGAAGAAAGAUUUAUUGUCACUGAUGAAGAUAUGCUGUGGGAUUUACCUGCAGAUACUACUUAUCGGCCCAGGCUUAAUUUAGUAAAAAAACAAUUAGAACAUUUAGAAAGAGAAGAGCAAAGGCAACUAACUGAACAUCAUUAUAGAAUGAGAACUGAGGAAAUCAAGAGAAAGAUAUAUUUAAAUAAAGGAAGAAGAGCAAGGAUUGAACACAGGAAGAAAAUGGAAAUAUUAGAGCUUGAAAUUGAGUUAAAGAAAAAGGCUCUGAUGAGCUUUGAACAACAGCCUUUAAAUAGUUAA